AUGGAUAGAAAAUAGAAUAAAAAGGAAUACAAAAGAUCAAGAUCUAGAAGUGAAAAGAAGAGAAAGAAAGAAAAGAAGAGAAAGAAUAAAGAUAAGAAAAAAAAAGAUAAGCAUAGUAAGAAGUCAGAUAGAAGAUACUCAGAAUCUAGAAGCAGUAGUGAAAGUAGCAGAUCAAGUAGAAGCAAUUCUCCUAAUUAAUAAGGAGGUAAUGAUGAUAACAAAAUAAAAAUCAUUCCUUUAUCAUUUCCUAGUAGUGGAAAGCCAUAGUAAGAAAUUACAACUCCUACAUCUGCACAAGGCGCUAGCACAUCAAGUGCAAUUCCAUCUACUAUACUUCAAAUUGUAAAUAAAGCGCAACAAAAUGUAUAAGCAGCAGUUGCAUCAAAUACAAAUCCCUUGAGAGAAAAGAGAAAUGCGUUUAGUUCACCACCAAAAAAUACAGGUUCAAACGGAUUUGGAGCUCCUGUCUCUGCUGGUGGAUUAGAGAUACCAGGUCUAGGAGGAAUUAAUAUAGGAUCAGCUGGAACUAGUGGAUUUGAUAUUGGCAUCCCAGGUUUAGGUGGAUUAGGAGGUUUUGGCUUACCUUAAGAUACUUAAAUUAUUGGAAAUAAAAUCCCUCCUGCUCUUUAAAAGCAAUACAUACAUGCACUGCGUGUUUAUAUUGGAAAUAUCCCUGACCCCGUAGAUGUAGAAGAUGUUUGUAAAUUUGUUUUUGAGCAGAUGGCUAAUGCUGGAGGAUUAUUAGAGCCAGGAAAUCCAAUUUAAAGCAAAAAGCAUGAUCCUAUAAAAAAAUUUAUUUUCUUGUAGUUAAGAUCUAUUGAAGAAACAUCUGCUUGUAUGGAGCUAGAUGGUAUUAUUUAUAAAGGAAAAAGUUUGAGAUUCAGAAGACCAAAAGACUUUGGUGUUUUGUAAAAAGUAGAAGGUACUCGUCCUGUACCUACUUUAGAUAAGACUAAACUUAAGAUUGUUUAAACAUAAGUAGAAAAUACUUACAAUAAGCUUUAAAUUAUGAAUUUGCCUGAAAAUUUCAGCGAAGAGCAUGUUAUGCAACUAUUAUUAACUUAUGGAGAUCUAAAAUCAUUCCAUUUGGCAGUUGAUAAGAUUACUAGUGAAUCGAAGGGUUUUGCAUUUUGUGAAUUUAUCACUGACAGAUCAACUGUAGAAUGCUUGAAUAAAUUAAGUGGUUAAUAGAUAUUGAAUAAAGUCAUAAAUGUCAAAAGAUGUAAUCCUUAACUUGCACCACAACAUGAAGAACCGAUUCUUUCACUUGACUAGUUAUACAAAAAUUUAGUUGAAAACGUUAAUAAGACAAUCAUUGAAUCUGGCUAAAAGGAUAUCUAAGAAGAUUAUUUAAAGAAAAUGCUAUCAAUAAAUGCUCCUAAAUAUGACGGGUUGAUUACAGAAGAUGCAACAAAUGUGUUAAAGUUGCAUAAUAUUGUCAAUAAGCAAUUAAUAGAGGAAGAUGCGGAGUAUCAUUUUAUUUUUAAUGAUUUGAAGACAUAGCUCGAUAGAAUAGGAAGAACAAAAUAAAUUAUAAUUCCUAGAAAGAAAGACAAGUUCUUAGAAGGAAUCGGAUUUGUUUUUGUAGAAUUUGAUAAUGAAAGAACAAGCUAAAUUGCAAGCUUUUUACUUUAGAAAAUCAAGUACGAUGGUAAAGAUGUUAAAGCAGAGUUUUACAGUCCUUAAUAUUUUGCAGAUAGAACAUUCUAUUGA